AUGGCCUCCGCACUUGAGAACGAGCUCAAGUCCCAGGGCGCGGUCGAAGCUGCUCAGGAUCCAGAUUCUUCUGUCACUGCAGAAGAUGCUGAAAAAGUUCUGAUUGCGGAAAGCAAGAAAGCCGGGGCAACUGCUCUCACCUUCGAUCCGAAUGCUUCCCCAGAAGAGAAGGCCGCACAAGCUAGAUCUCAGCAGAAUCAUACCAAACGUCCCCCAAAGGGAGUUGGGAUUGCUACGGAUCUGGAUGGUGGACCAGACCAAUAUGACCUCCCACCCCCCGAACCUGUGGCCGCUGGACAAAAGGCCGAUACAGCGACGAAUGGAGCACCUCCUGAACAGCAAGAGGAUUGGUCCAAGGUUGGAUGGGCGCCGCGGUUCGGCUCUGGGGAGACAGAGGAGGAUAAAGACACAGGUAAUCUGCUAGAUCAUCAGACUCUGUUGGAAUCAAAGCUAGAUGAUAGGUUCUAUGGUGAUUGGUACCACAAUGCGGCUGUGAUCGUCUUUGCUUGCCUGUCUUCAUGGCUCGUCGCAACCCUGGGCGGUGGUCUGGGAUGGAUCUUUAUCAUCAUGGCAACCUGCGGUACUUACUACAGAACCUCCGUCAGACGAGUUAGGCGAAACUUCAGAGACGACAUCACGCGCGAACUGGGGAAGGCUCGCCUGGAGACCGACACCGAAAGCCUGGAGUGGAUGAACAGCUUCCUCGUCAAGUUUUGGCCCAUCUAUGCACCUCAGCUAGCCAAAGGUAUCGUGCAGUCAGUCGAUCAAGUCCUGAGCACCUCCACUCCGGCAUUCUUGGACAGCAUGCGGAUGGAGACUUUCAUUCUUGGAACGAAACCUCCCCGCAUGGAGCAUGUCAAGACCUACCCGAAGUCUGAAGACGACAUCGUCAUGAUGGACUGGAAGUUCAGUUUCACUCCAACAGACACGAUGGAUAUGACCGCCCGCCAGCUCAAGACCAAAAUCAAUCCAAAGGUGGUCCUCGAGAUUCGAAUCGGCAAAGGCGUUGUCAGUAAAUCCAUGAAGGUUAUCGUAGAAGAUUUCGAGUUCUCCGGUUCUAUGCGUGUCAAAAUGAAACUGCAAAUCCCGUUUCCUCACAUCGAAAGGGUUGAUAUCUGUUUCCUUGGACGCCCGACCAUCGACUACGUUUGCAAGCCGCUUGGUGGGGAGACAUUCGGAUUCGACAUCAAUUUCAUUCCCGGUCUAGAGAGCUUUAUCAAAGAGCAGAUUCACGGAAACCUGGCGCCGAUCAUGUACGAUCCAAACGUUUUCCCCAUUGAGGUGGCCAAAAUGCUCUCUGGCAAUCCCAUUGAUCUCGCAGUCGGCGUGGUGGCGAUUACCAUCUACAAUGCCCACGGCCUCAAGAACCCUGACAAAUUCUCCGGCACACCGGAUCCGUAUGUCGUUGUGUCUUUGAACGGUUCCAAGGAGCUGGGACGCACCAAAACCAUUCACGAAGAUGCCAACCCCCGAUGGAAUGAGACGCUCUAUGUUAUCAUCACCAACUUCACUGACUCGCUCACCCUUCAAGUCUAUGAUUAUAACGAUGUCCGGAAAGAUAAGCAUCUCGGAACUGCCACGUUUGCGUUGGACAAACUUGAAGCUUCUCCUGAUCAUGAAGGUUUGAAUCUCGACGUUCUGGCAAAUGGAAAGCCUCGAGGAGUUCUUUCGGCCGACGUCCGCUUUUUCCCUGUCAUCGAGCCUGAGAAAUUGCCGACUGGCGAAAUCCUUCCUCCGCCAGAGUCCAACACCGGCAUUGCACGCCUUACAAUCGAGCAAGCCAAGGAGCUGGACGGCAGCAAGAGCAUGGUCGGAGCUCUCGAUCCUUAUGCUGUCCUUCUACUCAAUGGCAAAGAAGUUCAUAAAACGAACACACUAAAGCAUACCAACAAUCCCGUCUUCUCAGACAACACCAAAUCUGUUCUGAUUACGGAUCGGAAAAAGGCCCGUCUUGGGCUGGUCAUCAAGGACAGUCGAGGCCUCUCUACCGACCCGAUCCUUGGUACAUACCAGAUCAAAGUGGAUGACAUGAUGAAGGCCGUUGACAAGGGUCAGGAGUGGUUCAACUUGCACGGUUCGAAAUCAGGCAAAGCGAAGCUUCUCUUGGACUGGAAACCCGUCGCCCUGAAGGGUUCAAUUGGAUCUGGCGGUUAUAUUACACCCAUCGGUGUCAUGCGCAUCCAUCUGCAGAGUGCCAAGGACCUUCGAAACUUCGAGACCUUGGGCAAAUCGGAUCCCUAUGCUAGGGUGCUGUUGUCAGGCAUUCCCAAGGGCCGCACAGUUACCUUCCAGAACGAGCUCAAUCCAGAAUGGGACGAGGUGGUAUACGUCCCGAUGCACACUCCCUCGGAGCGCCUGGUUAUCGAGGUCAUGGACGAAGAAAAACUCGGCAAGGAUCGCUCCCUCGGUUUGGUCCAAAUCGCAGCCUCGGAUUACAUCGUUGAGAGCGAAGAGGGCGGCUACGAAGUGCACGACUCAAAGACGUUACAUUCGGACGGGUUGCGUCUUGGCGGUACAGGCGGCCAGAAGGGUGUAAUCAACUACACCUGUGCAUUCUAUCCAACCCUGAACGUUCUCGAUCCUGAGGAGGAGGAAGAAGAACGCAAAGCGCAGGCUGCCAUGGAGAAUGCGACUGUUGUGAAUGGCACGGCGUCCCACAAUAAGAAGCCUUCCGUCGAUUCCAAACCGUCUAGUGAGAUAACGCCCCGCAAUCUCGACACUCGGGCGAGCUUAGACACGGCCGGGCGGUCGCCAACAGCAGGCUCUUUCGUCGAAUUGCUCGCAUCAAACAAAAAACAGGCACCGAAGGUCAAGAUCACCGCCGAUGACCUCAGCAAAUACGAAUCUGGUUUGAUCAUAUUCAAUCUGGUCGAAGGCCAUUUUGCCGAUACGAAUAUGCAUCUUGAAUUGCUCAUGGACGAUCAUGUGUUUCCCGCCUACACGUCUGCAAAGAUUCGACAAAGGGACUUCCACUUUGGCGAGACUGGGGAUGCUAUGGUUCGCGAAAUCGACAUGUCUCGGAUCACGUUGCGGCUAGUGGAGAAGGCCGACAAGACGGGGAAACAGGACGAGGACGAUAUCGUGGCCAAGCUGACCGGGCCAACCCUCACGACGCUACAGCAGUGCUUGUACACACCGACAGAGUUGACCCUGCGGGGCAACAACGGCGUGGUCAAUAAAGUGACCAUUCUUCUGAAGUAUGUCCCCGUGAAGAUGCAGCUCGACCCUAGCGAAAGCAUUAAUAACAUGGGCACAUUGAGAGUUGAUGUUCUGGAUGCUGCGGAUCUCCCAUCUGCGGAUCGAAACGGCUACAGCGAUCCAUACUGCAAGUUCAAACUCAACGGGAAAGAAGUUUUCAAAACAAAGACCCAGAAGAAGACAUUACAUCCUGCUUGGAACGAGUUCUUCGAGGUGGCCAUUCCCUCGCGCACCCAUGCUGAAUUCAAGGUCGACGUGUACGACUGGGAUUUUGGGGACAAGGCCGACUGGCUAGGCUCGGCGGCUCUCGACUUGACAGUACUCGAACCUUUGCGGGCACAAGAAUUGACAUAUGUCCUCGAUGGCAAAUCUGGAACCAUUCGACUUAAAAUGUUGUUCAAGCCAGACUAUGUCACCCGGAGCCGGCAGGGUACGUCGACCUUCCACGGUACUUUUGCACCGGCAGGUAAAGUGAUCGGCGCGCCAGUUAAGGGCGUGAGCAAAGUUGGUGGAGGAGUUGUGAAAGGGGCGUCUUUUAUUAAACGCGGAAUUAUUGGUCGAGGGAGCAGUAAGGACGACACGCCACGUGAAGUCAACGGCACUACUCCCGAACCAGAGCUGAGCACCUCUGCGAUCAAUACACCGAAUGCCACCCCCUCCCGGGCUCCUGUGUUGAUGGAUGGCACAGGUUCGCCGGCGACUCCCAGCAGCAUGCUGCAUAACCGCACCAAGAGCAGCCAUUCGACCAUGACCAACACUCCCAAGGGGGCUGACACCGGUACGGCGAGUUUCAUCAUUGUGUCGGCUAGCGGCUAUCCUCCCGGAGCAGAUGUCCGGGUGCACGUGAAGAUGUUGGGGGCUAGGGGAGCCAAAGAUCUUUUCAAGACCAAGGCUGUCAAGUCAUCGUCGGGCACUGUGGAGUAUGAUGUAAACCACGAGAAUUUCAAGGUGUCAUGCAGUGCCGACACACAGUUCCAGAUUGUUGUCAAGGACCACGACACAUUCCGUUCCAAGGAUCUCGGCGAAGGGCUCUUCUUCGUGUCUGAUCAAGGCGGCGGCUCGGAACAGACCGUCAAGGCAGGAUCGGGCAGUGUCACCAUCCGCAGCAGCUUCACAGCCAAUGCGGAAGCCAACGCCGACGGACUGCGGCCAACAACCAGCGGACGGGAUAGUCCAGACUCGAAGCGUGAAGGACGACGAAGUUUCUUUGGACGUCGCGAUGUGAGCGGAAGACAUGAGGCUCUUUGA